AUGUCGGAGCCCUCGAGGAAGCGCAAGGCCGAGGCGGAGCCUGCCGAGGACCUGGGGCUCGGUGGCCUUUACGACUUCCUUCCCCCUCCCGAUCCAGAGAACGAUAAGGCUACGGCUGCCAAGGCACGCAAAGCCGAGCAGCUGAGCACGCGGCCGAAGCUUCCGCCCGUCGACAGGUCAAGAGUAAUAUUCCUGGAUGUCGACGGUGUCCUUCUCCCAGCUGGCAGCGUCGAAAUGAUAUUCAUUGAUGGCGUCAUGCUGCCUGUGCGGGCGGCAAAGGAAGCGGACUUCAACAGAACUGCUCUGUCCAACCUGCGGGCGAUAGUGCAGCAGACCGGUGCUUCGAUCGUUCUCUCCUCCGAGUGGCGACGGAAGGAGGAGAUGAGGGACAACAUCCGAAGAACUCUUCAAGCCCAGGAUAUUCCUGGCAUUCAAGAUUCUACGCCAAUCUUCCAGCCCUCGGCCGAGCUGGUCAAGCAGAGGCUUGAUCAGGCGAUCAUUUGGGCCGAGCGCCGCGCACGAGAGAUAGGCAGCUGGCUGAAGCAGCACAAAGAUGUCAAGGCUUGGGUGGCCAUUGAUGAUAUCGACUUUAGCUGGGCUGACAGCGUAAAGGUGUCGGGAACACCACUGAUGAAGCAUCGCUCAGUCCUGACAAACCCGAAGUACUGCAUAACUGAGAAGGAUGCCGAAGAGGCGGUUCGCAUCCUCCUGAACCCUCCCGUCAUCGCUCCAGGUGAGGAGGCUGAUGCAAUUGCCGCUGCUAGAUAUCUGACGGAGGAGGCACUAGCGAAAUGCGCAGGGGCUGGACUGAUGUGA